AUGGCGUAUCGGCCUUUACUUGUAGUAAAACUAACCCAAACUACAGAGAACAACGAGCGUACUCCUACUAAUACUUACAUACCAAGUUUGAGUAGAGCGGGGAUAUCAAUGUCUACAUCAAGAAGAGGUGUAAUACAGCCAACAACAGCAGAACGGUUGUUUUCUGCUAUCUCUAACCGAAACUUUCCAACAGCUGCCACAGUAGUUCAGGAAAGUAUACAGGCGCCUACCAGUGAAGCUGGCCCCUCAUCGCUACCUAUAUCCAAAAUUAUAAUAUCGCCACACAAUACAAGAAGCUUAAGUCAAAAACACCUAAAUAGAUUACAAUCAAUCGUAUCCAGUCAAAACAAAAAUAUAAAUAUAGAAAUGGCUGUAAACAACGUGCGUCAACGGAGACGAAAAUGGUGGGAAAGGUUUUGUUGUAAAUGGGAGGAACAUGUACCACAAUCCCGACCCAUGUAUCGAGACGAUGCAUUUUAUGCUGGCAAAAUUAAAAAACUACCAAUUUACCAAAAAAGUGUUUUAGAAGUUCAACCAGAAGCAAGAACGGGUUUAGAAUAUCAGCUGGCUGUAUCACGAGCAGUUGCUGCUACAGAUUUAGAAGAACAUAAAGGUAUAUUUACUACUGCCGCAAGAAGGGUUUUAGCUACAAUGAUGGAUCCCAAGCUAUUAAACAGCUGUCCUUUUUUACUAAUAUGCUGUAGUGCUGCUCUGAUAUACACAGGUGUAUUAACACCUUUUGUUUUUGUAUCAGAUCGCGGUAAGAGUGAAGGAAUAGAUAAAACACAUUGUGACUUCUUCGUUAGUGUUAUCGGUUUCUGUGGUAUAAUAGGAAGGUUUUUUGCCGGAGCUCUAGCUUCCAAAUUUGAGGCCCUAAUAUUGUAUUUAGUUUCAUGUAUUUUAGCGGGAAUAUCAACAAUGGCUUUUAACUUUUCAUUUAAUGUUUAUUAUCAAUAUUCUUGCUGUGGAUUCUUUGGAAUAUUUACUUCAUUUACUUCGGGCUUACGAAGUGUGGUACUUGUAGAAACUUUCGGUUUAGAGAAGUUAACAAAUGCAACUGGAUUGAUGUUAAUGUUUCAAGGUUUUGGAAGUUUGAUAAGUACACCUAUGUCCAGUUUACUCAAAGCAAAUUUUAGUUAUGCCGUUUCAUUCUACAUGGCUGGUGCAGCAAUUGUACUAAGUGGUUUAAUUUUAUUGCCUGUUAAAACAUUAAUAGACAAAGAAAGAAAAAACACUUUGCCAAACAAGAGAACAGGCAGAAAUUCACAAAAGAAGUAA